AUGGCCUCCACCACCCAGCCUCGCAAGAAAUCCAGGCAGUCCAUCUCAACCAACACACUCACCAACAACAACCCAAGCACCACCACCAGCACCUCAUCCUCAAAAUCAUCAGCACUCAAACCCACCCUCAAGAAACGAAACAAGAGUCCGAUCUCGUCAAACUCGGUUCCUCAAGGGUAG